AUGGAAACUUUUGACGGAUUCGAAUAUACAAAGAAAGAUCUUAUUGGACACGGUGCUUUCGCUAUCGUUUACAAGGGACGAUAUGUUGAUAAGAAAGAUUUACCGGUGGCAAUUAAGAGUAUCGCUAAAAAGAAUUUAUCGAAGUCAAAGAAUCUUCUCACGAAAGAAAUCAAAAUCCUGAAGGAGUUGUCGAGUUUACAACAUGAAAAUUUGGUUGGAUUACUGAAGUGUGUUGAGACACCGACGCAUGUGUUUCUUGUUAUGGAAUAUUGCAAUGGUGGUGAUCUGGGCGAUUAUCUUCAGUCAAAGAUCACCCUACCUGAAUUGACAAUUCAACACUUUUUGGUGCAUAUCGCUCGGGCGAUUGAGGCUAUCAAUAAGAAGGGUAUUGUGCAUAGGGAUUUAAAGCCACAAAAUUUAUUGUUAUGUAAUCCAACUCGACGACCGAAUCCACCGGCAACGGAUUUAAUUGUUAAAUUGGCGGAUUUUGGUUUUGCACGUUUUCUCGACGACGGUACGAUGGCUGCCACCUUGUGCGGCUCACCGAUGUACAUGGCACCGGAGGUGAUAAUGUCGUUGCAUUAUUGUGCGAAAGCAGAUCUCUGGUCGAUAGGUACAAUAAUAUUUCAAUGCUUAACCGGCAAAGCGCCAUUUCAAGCGCAAACACCGCAAGCUCUAAAGCAGUUUUACGAACGUAAUAAGGAAUUACGGCCUAGCAUUCCUUCUUACUGUAGCCCUCUUCUGAAAGAUCUUCUGCUUGGACUACUCAAACGAAACGCUAAAGAUCGCAUUGAAUUCGAUGCAUUUUUCUCGCACCCAUUCUUACAUUCGGCUCCGAUGACAUCCCCUUCGAAAAGAAUUCUCGAGUCAGCGGCAAAUGCGUCAGCACACUCAGCUGCGGCAUCCUCAAAACGUCACGCCUUGCUGAAUAAUCCUUCGUCACCCGCCCUUUCGAAUCAUCGCAAAUCCGCUCACCCUUAUUCAUCUUCUCCUCACGCACAUCACACCGCUCAUCGGUUCAUCGCUACUUCAUUAUCACAGAGAAAAGAACUUGAAAACUGGAGAACUGAAAAUGCAUUUUUUGAUUGUUUCGCUGAAGUACUGAUGUGGCAAAAUGAAGCAGUUGGUGGGGCAGCAGCAGCAGCAGCAGCAGCAGCAACAACAGGCAACGGAGGUAACGGUAACAAUAUGGUUGAUUCAGGUGAUUUCACAUUCCUUCCCUCUGUUCAUGGUCAACACACGCAACACUCACCCGUUCCCGCACGUCGACCGACCUCUGCAACCAAUCCAAAUGAGUCGCAUCUCACUUGCCCUGUCAAGCAAGUCCAGGUACACACUGCAACUGCGGGUGGAUCAUCGAAUAUUCGUGCAGUACCCGUUCCCAGUCAGCGUUUAGCAUACGCGAAGAUGGAGGAGAGGCGAAAUGGUUCAAUGAUUACAACGGCUAAGAAGACGUCUAAUGCUGCGUCAAGUCAGGCUGCAGCUGCAUCCAGCGAAAUACGCGUCCCAUCCAUUGAACAAAUCAAUUUACCGUCCAGUUCGUUUUUUAUCGUUUUAUCGUUUCUGCUGAGAAGAAUUCAAUGCAUC